CGGCUUGUUGUGGCGUUCUCUUCCUCCGCACCCGUCCCUCCGUGCUGCCACUGGAGUUAGCUCAGGAGCUGGUGGAAGGUUUUUCUGUCGUGACAGCCCGUCCACACUAACUUUUCUGUGCCCAGUUUGUGACUGACAGCCAGAGAGAGCGUUGUAUUGUCCUUUUCGAUGCAUGGGAGUGCCCUGGGAGCGGCGACGGGAGAAGACAGUGCUGGUAGUCCUGACUGUUCAGCAGGAUGAGUGAGGCAGAGGGCCAAUUCUACAGUGUUCAGGUGGGAGACUCCACCUUCAUUGUACUCAGGCGCUACCAGCAGCUCCGCGCUAUCGGCUCCGGGGCCCAGGGCAUCGUCUGCUCUGCUCUAGAUACAGUCCUUGGCAUACCAGUGGCGGUGAAGAAGCUGUGUCGACCUUUCCAGAACCAGACCCAUGCUAAACGAGCCUACAGGGAGCUGGUGCUGCUAAAAUGUGUCAACCACAAAAAUAUCAUCCGUCUGAUCAAUGUGUUCACGCCUCAGAAGUCCCUGGAGGAGUUCCAGGACCUGUAUCUGGUGAUGGAACUGAUGGAUGCCAGCCUAUGCCAGGUGAUCCACAUGGAUCUGGACCAUGAGAGGAUGUCUUAUCUACUCUACCAGAUCCUCUGUGGCAUCAGGCACCUGCACUCCGCAGGCAUCAUACACAGGGACCUGAAGCCCAGUAAUAUUGUGGUGAAGUCGGACUGCACUUUAAAGAUCUUGGAUUUUGGUUUGGCAAGGACGGCCUGCACUAACUUUAUGAUGACCCCCUACGUGGUGACUCGAUACUACCGAGCCCCAGAGGUCAUUCUGGGCAUGAAGUACAAGGAGAAUGUGGACAUCUGGUCAGUGGGGUGUAUCAUGGGAGAGAUGGUUAAGGGCAGCGUCAUCUUCCAGGGCACCGACCACAUUGACCAGUGGAAUAAGGUGAUUGAGGUUCUGGGCACGCCCAGUCUGGAGUUUAUGAACCGACUGAUGGAGACUGUGAGGAACUAUGUGAUGAACAAGCCGCAGUAUCCUGGCGUCAGCUUUGCCGAACUCUUCCCAGACUGGGCUUUCCCUUCUGAAUCGGAGCAUGACAAACUAAAGACAGGUCAAGCUCGGGACCUGCUGUCCAAAAUGCUGGUCAUUGAUCCUGAGUGCCGGAUCUCUGUAGAAGAAGCCCUCAAUCACCCGUACAUUCACGUGUGGUACGACCCCGCAGAGGCAGACGCGCCUCCUCCUCAGAUUUCAGACAAGCAGCUGGAAGAGAGAGAGCACACGAUUGAACAGUGGAAAGAGCUUAUUUAUGAAGAGGUAAUUGACUGGGAAGAAAGGAACAAGAAUGGGCUGAUGAAAGAAGACUGCUCAGAUGUGGUGUCAGCUUCAGCCUCACAGUCGUCAUCAGCCAACGACAUUUCGUCCAUGUCUACGGAGCAAACUUUGGCCUCGGACACAGACAGCAGCAGCAUCGACACACUGACAGGACCGCUGGAUGAGAGUCAAUGAACAUAGUCCGCCACAUAUGUCUGCCUCACAUUUACAACAUCCAAUUAUCAGAAAACAAUCAUAAUUCUCUUUACUGCCUCUUCCCCAUAUUGUCUGAUAUUUCUCUCUUUUCUGUAACAUUCUUUUCCUCAUUUCUCCUUUACCUCCAUGGAAGGGUCUAUUUUUCUAUGUUCUUUCUGUACAGUGGAUCCUGUUGAUCCCUUCCACCUUCAGAUGUUUUGUAUUGCUGCCAAGAUGUCAUAUCUAGCUUAUCCGUCUGUCGGGUCAAAGGUUCGGCCUUCUCCUUGUGGAUAUCGUUUUACUUGAUCAAGUAGAUAUUAUGAUGUAUGCAUCCAUAUUGAUUUUCAGGUUGUUUCUUCCUUAUGCCUGUAUUUUAAUAGUUUUAUUUUUUUAGCAGAUAUUAAUUUGAGGUUAUUGUAAUGAAAUUAGAGCAGACAUACCCUGAACAUAGACCACAGCUGCCUGCUGCUCUCAUGCAUGUUACGCCAGUAUGAACAAAAGCUUACCAUAAGUCGAUAGCACCACCUGAUGUCCAUCUGAUGAUCAAACACUCACACUCUGACGUUUGUUCAGUCCGUUAGGUAGCUCACAGUAUUGCAGAUCUCCACAGUGAUGUUUUUAAGUUCAUCGGCUUGAGUGUUGUGGAUUCUCAGAUCCUCCUCCUGACAGCAAGGGGGAGCUGUGAUUGUAGUGUUAACAGUUUUAUUUCCUGGUAUAAUGUACUGUAUGUAAACAAAAUGAUCCGGCACUUAUAGUAGCUCUUUAAAUACAAAUAGAUAGGAUGUGAUUGUUUUUGUUAUGACACUCAACAUGUCUCUAGAACCACGUUGCAAUCACCCUCAUUUGACACACGGUACUGACUAUCAAAAUCAGUGUCACACUCCUGUUAAUGUGGAAGCUGCAAAAACACACAUGCUCUAUUUAUUUUUCGUUCUUGCAAAAUGUUGCACACAAUCACAUUGAGGCUAAAUUAAGUUAAGCCUCUUGUCAAAGCAUUUCAUCAAUAAAUCAAUGCAUUAGCUGCUCCUUUCUAAACCAUUCCAUUCAUAAAGGGACAGUUAAGGUUAAAUCAUGAAUCAGACAUCAUGUAGAGUAAAUGUAAAGGCAGUAAAACACAAAUAAUGGUGUUUAUUUUGCAUGAAAGCAUUUAAGAUGUCAUUAAGUUACUGUAGUUCUUGAUAUAAAGGAAUCUGUUAAGGUUAGUUCUUUCACUCACAGUACCUUGAUGAUUUUGUUCUCAAAUCCCGUUUGUUCAGUUCAUUUUGUUUUGUUUUUGCUUUGUAAGCUUGUGUGUGUGUGUGUGUGUGUGUGUGUGUGUGUGUGUGCGGGUGUUAUCAAGAGUUACCAUGCAGCACUCUCCUUCUUCAUCUCCUUUGAAUCAUCCUAUAAGACAGUGGUUGCCUCUUUGCAAAGGCAACAUAUAUCGAAGAAGGUGGCCCCUCAGGAAAAAAACGGACAUGCUGUGGAUUAAAAUGAGGAUGAGACUGUGGAGAAUGAAUGAAUGAAUGAAAAGAAGAAAACCUAAAAGAUGGACCUUGGUAUUGGACUGCAGAGCUGCUUUUGUGCAGAACUGUUUGCACAGCUUGAUGGACAUGCUGAAAUAUGACACUACAGAGUCACGGAGGACUUGAAGCACCAUGUUGUACACUAUAUUUUCCAUUUAUAAACCAUGACCUUAUUCUUUCAGUCAUGCCUUAAACGACCAGAGGAGUGGCCAAUUCACUCCCAAAUAUCCUAUCAGAUAAGGACAGAGCAUAACUGUGCUCUAGUCCUCCUGUGUCUUCACCAUAUUUAAAAAUGCUCCAGAAUUUACACUGUCAGUUUCACGGUUUUGUUCAGUUUGUUUCUCCUUUUCUUUUCAGAGAUGUUUUGUGUGAUUGCAAUGACAACAACAUAAUCACUUGGCCAACAUCUCUUGCCCAUAUAAAACUAAUAAAGUGGACAUCAGUGAUUCA